CCCCCUCCUCCGUCCGUCGGCCGCCAUGCGGCACAGCCUCACCCAGCUGCUGGCGGCCUCCUCGGGCGGAGCGAGCCCCUCGGGCGCCGUGCGGCCUCUCGCCGGCGCGGGGCAGGCCCCGAGAGGGCGGGAUGGCGGCGGGGAAGGGGAUCCGGGCGCGGCGCGGCCCAAACAACAGCAGCCGGAGAAGGAGGCGGAGGCGGCCGAAGGCCCGCUGGAAGUGUGGGAGCAAGAGGACUGGUUCCCCGGGCUGGAGCUGGGAGACCUGCUGGAGGCGGCCCGGCCGGAGUGGGACGCGGGCGCGGAGCUGAGCGGCUGUUUCUGCGGAGAAGCGGGCGCGCUGCCCGGCUCGGGGCAGGGCCGCAGGCGGAGCGGCGGGGCCGGCAGCAGGCUGAAGGCGGCGGCGGCGGCGCGGCUGAACCGGCUGAAGAAGAAGCAGUACGUGCUGGGGCUGGAGAGCCGCCUGCAGGGCCUGGCUGCCGAGAACCGGCAGCUGCGGGACCGCAACCGCGGCCUCAGCCGCCGCCUGCGGGAGCUGGAGCGGGAGAGCGGCUACCUGCGGGCCGUGCUGGCCAACCAGAGCGCGCUGGGGCAGCUCCUGAGCCGCUUGGCCGGGACGCGGGCCGGCGGGCUGCGCCUCGGCACCAGCCUCUUCAGGGACGCCCGCCGCCAGCAGCAGGAGCAGCAGCAGCAGCAGGAGCAGCCCCUCCGGGCCGGCGGCGACAGCGGCGACCACGACUACGCGCUGCCCAGCGCUCGGCCGCCCGGCCCGGAGCGGGCGCCGGCCGCGGAGCCCGAGGAGGAGUGGGCGGCCCCCGGCGGGAUCUGCCUGCACGUGGAGCGGGAUCAGGUGUCGGUGGAGUUCUGCUCCAUCUGCGCUCGGCGAGCGGCCGCCUCCUUCAAAACGUAGGGUCGGGUUCCUGCCGCAAGUACCGGAGGGCUGCUCGCCCCGCUGCGGCCUCGCGUCGCGGCGCGGAGGAAAGAAGGAGAAAGUAACAGCGGUGCUGGGGUGGUGCCGGGGGAGACGCGGAGGAGGGGAAGCUGUCGCCGUCAGGUGACAGAAGCCUCGAACGCCGGGAGCCGGGUGGCGGCCUCGGCCGAUUGCCGCGGCGGUGCGAGCCGGUGCGGUGCGAGGAGCCGAGGCGCGGUAGUGACCGCGCACAGACACGCGGAGGUGCCGGCAGAGCCCGGCUCAGCACGCGCGGAACAGACGGUGCCGACCUGAGGCGGACGGCGCGCUCGGGGCCGCCGUGCGGUGUCCAUUAAGGCCGGGCUUGUGCCAGCUAAUGCCUAGCCCGCUUAUCCCGACGAGCCGAAAAUGCUUGCUUAGAAAACCAAAACCUUCGUUAAGACGUCGUCACCGGACGGAAAGUAGUAAUGAUCGGCAAAAGAAAGCAUGCGUAUAAAAUUGUGCUGCAUCUUGGUUAUGCGUUACUAUUAAAACCUCUCUGACAGUUUCUCUUUUAGGUGCUUGCCCUGCCAGGCUCCGUUGUGUAGGGGUUAAAGAGCAGUCGUUUCCCACCUCGCAACCUGUGGAUUCAGCUGUGUUGGGGCAGAAGAGACGGGACCAGCUGCUGGCCACAUUUCCUGCUUUAUUUUAAAAGGUAGUAUAAGAAAUGAGAAUAAAGAGGUAACAGGGCUUUUGCUGUCUUUGUUUAAACAAACAAACAAAGGUUGAAUGCUGGGAUACAUUAACUGUCACCCGAGAUGUUUUUAUUUAGAAGACAGUAUCCUAUCAAACAGGUUUUUCUCCAGUGUUUUCAGAAUUCCAUCUGUUCAGGGUACCCUGCCAGCACAAGAGAGACACAGCAGGACGUGUGUUACUGCGGUGGCAUCGGCAGGACUGCCCCAAGUUUCAGUCUUAAACUGUGUGACCUGCUGUAGUUGGUGGGUUACGCCAGGACCUUACCAAGGCGUGCACUGACUGAUACACAGAACGGGAAUCGCUGAGUUAGAUUGAGGCCGGGUUGAAUCUGCCUAGCUCAGGCUUCAUAGCCAGGCUUCAGUUUGAGUUUUAGUGUGCAUGACGGAAAGGGAAACGCUAAUGUUGCAAGUGUGGGAUGUUACAGUGGCAUUUCUGCAGUCACUCCAGUGCAGAAGUUUAAGUUCAACAUGCAUUAUUUCAUUUUGCAUCACUGCAAACCGGUAUGAGUCAGGGACUUGCAUCUGAUCUCUGUUGUGAGCCUGCCCAUCGCUCCAGCCAUCAAACUACCCCUGAGCCGUGUCUGAGAGUAGCUGAUGUUCUGGUACGCAAAACAACGUGCACCUGUGCGAGAACAAGUCCCAGAAAGUAAGUGGCUGCAGGCAUAUCUAGUGCCUACCGAAUCAUAUUUAAACCAAAUAGAGGGGAGGAGGUUAUUUCAAACUCUAACCAACUGUACCAUCUGUAGGGUGUUAUUACUAAUGUAGCUUUUUGAAGUGGAAGCCUUGAAAUGACUUAAUACUUGAAAAUCUAUUGUAAAAUGUUUCUUUGUAAUGAUGUGCCAUCCAGAUGAGAAUACGGUAUCGUAAUAAAAUCAGCCUUGUUGAUCUUUCA